AUGGAGCCCAAGCUCUGCUGGAGCGAGGAAAAUGUGUGGAAGCUCUGCGACUACAUCCGAAGCCGGCAGCGGUACCCGCUGGARGAAUUCUACGCGGUUUUCAUCUCCAACGAGAGGCGGAUGAUUCCCCUAUGGAAGCAGAAGUCUGGACACGGAGAUGAGCCAGUUGUCUGGGACUACCAUGUUAUUUUGCUUCAUGUUUCGAGUGGSGAGCAGAACUUCAUCUAUGACCUGGACACGGUGCUGCCCUUUCCGUGCCCCUUUGAGGUGUACGGUGAGGAAGCCUUCAGGCUGGAUGAAGGCCUUCGCCCAGAGUUUCACAGGAAAAUCAGACUGAUUCGAGCAGAUUUGUACCUGAGGACAUUUGCUUCAGACCGUUCUCAUAUGAAAGAUGCCAAUGGCAAGUGGCAGAAACCUCCUCCUUCCUACCCUUGCAUUGAAACUGCAGACUCCAAGAUGAACUUGGAUGAUUUCAUCAGCAUGAAUCCCARCGUCGGAUGGGGCUCCGUGUUGCCCCUUGCGGACUUUGUGCGUCGCUUUGGCAGACAGACUGAUUCCCACUGCUCCUUGGGAGGACCCUGAGGGAACCAGAGAAGGUUUCUCUGCUAUUACUAUGUUCAUGUGUUUUGCUGCUCCUGUGUUGUAUUUAUCGAUCAUUUACAUUUCUUCACAUGGAAUAAGUAUUUGGGCAAAUAGAGUAUCUGGUCAGGAAUAUCAUAAACUGAAUAAAAAACCUUUAUUUUGAU